AUGUACAGUCCAUACCAAAAGGCUCGUCGUCCAUUGCAGCUUAUUCAUAUCGUUCAAUUCGGUGGUGCAACAAGUGAAGGUUCUGUUACAUCAACAUCAAGCAAAGAUUCUGGUGCAUCAACAUUCACUGCACAUGGACUUUCUGGAGAUGAUGGUGCAUUGACAUCAACUGGACAUGGAUUUUCUGGAGAUGAUGGUUCAUUGACAUCAACUGGACAUGGAUUUUCUGGAGAUGAUGGUGCAUUGACAUCAACUGGACAUGGAUUUUCUGGAGAUUAUGGGGUAUCAACAUCAACUGGACAUGGAUUUUCUGGAGAUGAUGGUGCAUUGACAUCAACUGGACAUGGAUUUUCUGGAGAUGAUGGGGCAUCAACACCAACUGCAGAUUCUGGUGCAUUGACAUCAACUGGACAUGGAUUUUUUGGAGAUUAUGGGGCAUCAACAUCAACUGGACAUGGAUUUUCUGGAGAUGAUGGGGCAUCAACAUCAACUUCAGAUUCUGGUGCAUCAACUGCAGAUUCUGGUGCAUCAUCAUCAACUGAAGAUGAAUUUUAUGGACCAGCUGGUGCAGCAGCUUUGAUACUUGUAAAAGAUGUUGAGGACAGAGACGAACAUGCAGUUGUGAUGCACCGAUUUCGCCAAGGGUUGGGAAAUCAAACAAUUAAUGUUGCUGACUAUCGUGGAUUAAUCUUAGGACUCGCGGAAGCGAUAAGGAAAGGAUAUACGAAGAUCAUUGUCCAAGGAAACUCUGAACUUGUUAUCAAUCAGUUUCAAGGUAUUUGGGAAAUCCACGAGCCGGAACUAUGGAUUUUAUGUGAUGAGGCUUUGUUGCUACGUAAUAGCUUUGAAUCAUUUUCCAUCAAUCACAUUGAUGAGAACUUAAGCAGCACUGUUGAUGCAGAAGCAGUUCAAGCCAUUUCUCUACAAGAUGGUGAAGUUGAAGAAGAACCACCCCUUUAG